AUGGCCACCACCGAUGCAGUGUACACCGCCUUUACCCACGCACUGACCACGUUGCAGCCACAGAGCUUCGCCUUUGCCCACACCUCACCUCUACCCGCGGGUGAGCUCGCCUCGCUCUCCGCUGACCAGCUCUUUGCCAUCGAUUCGAGCACGGCUACCCUCACGCUGCCGUUCUGGACCAUUCCUCUGCUGGCUGAGGGCGCUGCGAGCCGAUUGCGGGUCGAUGAUGACCAUGAUGCUGUUCUCGCAUCGAUGGUGGCUGUUGUGAUCAAUGCAGACAACGCAACAGCGUGGAACGUCCGGAGGAGGCUGAUCUCGGCGGGCGUGCUCAAGAGAGACGUCGAGGUUACGGACGUGCUGGACAUGGUCUUCCGCAAGCAUCCCAAGUCCUCAGAAGCGUGGGCCUAUCGAUGGUGGCUGGUGAAGGAGCUGCUUGAGGACGAUGAUGCUCGGGUGGCAGAGCUCGGCGCCUGCCUCACUUACGCCGAUCUCUACCCGCGCAACUACUACUGCUGGUCGCACGCGAGGCGGGUCUGCCGCGGCCUGGCAGUGCGUGCUAGCGCGAUGGCGAUGGUCGCUGGCUACGUUGCUGAUGGGCGGUUCCAUGACACGUCGGCCCUGCAUCUGCUCGAUGAGCUGCUGGCCGACGAUGCUGACACGGCAACGCUGGCGGCAGCACUGGAUCGCGCAUGGCUCUGGCUCGACGACGCACCUCGCCAUGAAUCGCUUUGGAUGCACGUGCGGUUUUUGGCGAGUGCAGCAGCAAGGCUUGGUGCGGUUGAUGUGGUGGCAGACGCCGUCGCCGGAGUGGCGGCGCGGGCUGAGGCCCGAGGCGCAGCUUGCGCGGGAUGA